GGUCACUCAGAUCCCGCCCAUACAGCAGGUCAGGCCGCGCCUUGGCGCCAUAUUUGAAGUUCCCGCCACCCACACAAUACGCGCGGUAUCCACACUCCUCUGGCUCCGGUUCUUCUCAAGCCAUGUCAAAAAGUCUCCGGUCCGGGGAUCAUUCCCUCGCUACAGGCAGCGGAGACCCCGUUACAUACGUGCUGCCAGACUUGAGCCGGACACGAGCAGCCCUACGACAACUGGAGACGACACUGCUGUGCUCCAAAUG